AUGCCACCAAUCUCCACCGCCGCCGUAUCUUCUCUUGAGGAAGGAGCAGGUAAGAAACUUGCAGUUUGGGAAAUUCAUUAUCAGCCUCAAAGCAUCAAGGAACACAAUCUAGAUCGUCGGAAUUUUGUGCCUAUUCAACUAUGGAAUACAAACAAGACAAUGUUUGGUGAAAAAGGAAGCAUCACUAGAAAGCGCUACAGUCGGUUCAUCAACAACACUGUGAAACGGGUGGGUAUUGAAACCUACAUCAAAUCGCUAAAGAAACACAAGAUCGAGAUGUUGGAUACAACUCGUGCUGAACUCAAAUCAAACGAGGAAAAUCCUGUUGACGCAGACGACAGGAUGGGGACGGAGGAGAUCGAGGAGGACAAACCAACAAUAGAACAGCGCAACUUGAUGCGAGCAGUCAACUAUGCCAGUGACGAGGACAAGGCAGAGAUGAUGGGAUAUGUCCUCCAAGUCAUCGAUGCAAAGAUGCGAGCUCCAAAAGCAGCGUAG